AUGUCAAACAAUUUGUCCGAUGAUUAUCGGGUGCUAUCCAUCCAAAGCCAUGUCGUGUACGGAUAUGUGGGAAAUAAAAGCGUUGUCUUCCCCUUACAAGUAUUGGGUUUUGAUGUGGACGCUAUAAAUUCAGUGCAAUUCUCGACUCAUGUCGGUUAUAAGCAUUGGUCGGGACAGGUGUUGGACUCAAACGACUUGAAUGUUUUAUUUGAUAAUUUGGUCAAAAAUGAUUUACACAAACGAUAUACACAUAUAAUGACCGGUUAUGUGGGAAACGAGUCCUUUUUGGAGUCCAUCUCUCAAGUGAUCAAAACAAUUAAAGACGAAAAUCCCGGCGCUCUCUAUCAUUGUGAUCCAGUAAUGGGUGAUAACGGAAAACUGUAUGUGCCGAAAGAAUUGGUUCCCGUGUAUCGCAACCAAAUUAUACCGAUUGCAGACGUGAUUACUCCCAAUCAGUUUGAGUUAGAACUAUUGACUGACAUUAAAAUAAACUCAGAAUCGGAUGCCAUUAAAGCGUUGGAAGCGCUCCACGAGAUCGGUAUUGAGACCGUUGUUAUAACGAGCAGUAAUUUAGCCGAUAGUGACUCCCAUUUGGUCACAUAUGCCAGCAGUCGAGCCAAUGGUAGGACUCAACGAAUCAAACUAUUAGUUCCCAAAUUGAAGGCCAUAUUCACGGGAUCGGGAGAUCUGUUUGCGGCACUAUUUAUGGCGUGGUUUACAAAGACUAACAAAGACUUAAAGACUACUUGCGAGAGGACUUUAUCCACUUUAUGGUCAGUUCUGAACCGAACCUACAAUUAUGCGAUACAACAGACGGGAGGCGUAGAAAGUUAUAGCAAUAUUGAAUUGAGACUCAUUCAAAGUCGGGCUGAUCUCGAAAACCCAAACAUUACAAUCAAAGCCAUUGAUUUGAAGUAAUAACUGGAAAACACUGUGGUUUUAGUAACUUCUUCUUUAUUUCCAUUUUUAUGAUCUUUUUCUAGAAAUGAAAUUUUGUAUUUAUAUGAACCUAAAGUGCAGCGAAUAUAGCCUUA